AAUAUCCCAAAAGGAUUAGAAAGUGAAAAGAAGAGAAGAGAGUCGCUUCUUCAGCUUUCCCCUCCUGCAAUCGACCAAGCGAAAAUAAACUUUAGCGAUGAAGCGAUCCAUCAGCGAAACCGUCGGAUCUUCAUCUUCGAACUCACUCGAUCCCAAGAAGCCAGUCUUCCUCACCAAAGCCCAGCGCGAAGAGCUAGCCCUAAAACGCCGCCAGGAUCAAAUCUCCGACCUCCGUAACCGCCGCGAGCAGAUCCCUCCCUCCGAUCCGGAGACUGAAGACACCAAGGACCGAGAUCGCGAUAACAGGGAGAGAGACAGAGGCCGAGAUCGGGAUCGAGAUCGCGAUAACAGGGAUAGAGAACGCGAACGCGACCGCCGCGAGCGGGAUCGCGAUUCGGACCGGCGAGUCCGAGAGCGUGAGCGGGAGGAGGAAGCGAAGGCGAAGGAGAAGGCGCGAGUGGAGAAGCUGGUUGAGCGGGAGCGGGAGAAGGAGCUGGACGCGAUCAAGGAGCAGUACCUGGGAGGGAAGAAGCCGAAGAAGAGAGUGAUAAGACCGAGCGAGAAGUUCCGCUUCUCCUUCGACUGGGAGAACACGGAGGACACUUCCCGAGACAUGAACGCGCUCUACCAGAACCCACACGAGGCCCAGCUCCUCUUCGGGAGAGGCUUCCGCGCCGGGAUGGACCGCCGCGAGCAGAAGAAGCAGGCGGCGAAGCACGAGAGGGAGACGCGGGACGAGAUACGCAAGAAGGACGGCGUGGUGGAGAGGCCCGAGGAGGCUGCUGCUCAGAAGGUGAGGGAAGAGGCUGCCGACGCGUAUGACUCGUUUGAUAUGAGGGUUGAUAGGCAUUGGAGCGAUAAGAGGCUGGAGGAGAUGAGCGAGAGGGACUGGCGUAUCUUCAGGGAGGAUUUCAAUAUCUCUUACAAAGGGUCGAGGAUCCCUAGGCCGAUGAGGAGCUGGGAGGAGAGUAAGCUGAGCUCUGAGCUUUUGAAAGCUGUGGAGAGAGCUGGCUACAGGAAGCCUUCUCCUAUUCAGAUGGCGGCUAUACCGCUAGGACUGCAGCAGCGCGAUGUGAUCGGUAUCGCGGAGACUGGUUCUGGAAAGACUGCUGCUUUUGUUUUGCCUAUGUUGGCUUACAUUUCUAGGUUGCCGCCUAUGAGCGAGGAGAAUGAAACGGAGGGUCCUUACGCUGUGGUUAUGGCGCCUACUAGGGAGCUUGCUCAGCAGAUUGAGGAGGAGACUGUUAAGUUUGCGCAUUACCUAGGGUUUAGGGUGACUUCUAUAGUGGGUGGUCAGUCUAUUGAGGAACAGGGGUUGAAGAUAACACAAGGGUGUGAGAUUGUGAUUGCUACUCCUGGUCGUUUGAUUGAUUGCCUCGAGAGGAGGUAUGCUGUGCUGAACCAGUGUAACUAUGUGGUGCUUGAUGAGGCAGAUCGGAUGAUAGACAUGGGUUUCGAGCCUCAGGUUGCAGGCGUGUUGGAUGCGAUGCCUUCGAGUAAUCUGAAACCGGAGAACGAAGAGGAAGAGCUUGACGAGAAGAAGAUUUACAGAACGACGUAUAUGUUCAGUGCUACAAUGCCUCCCGGUGUAGAGAGGCUCGCUAGGAAGUACUUGAGGAACCCUGUUGUUGUCACCAUUGGUACUGCAGGAAAGGCCACGGAUUUGAUCUCGCAGCACGUGAUUAUGAUGAAAGAAUCUGAGAAGUUCUUUAGGUUGCAGAAACUGCUGGAUGAGCUCAACGACAAAACCGCCAUUGUCUUUGUUAACACGAAGAAAAACUGCGACUCUAUUGCUAAGAAUCUUGACAAGGCAGGGUACCGCGUCACGACCUUGCACGGUGGGAAAUCGCAGGAGCAGAGAGAGAUCAGCUUGGAAGGAUUCAGAGCGAAGAGAUACAACGUCCUUGUCGCAACAGAUGUUGUGGGACGUGGUAUCGAUAUUCCGGAUGUGGCUCAUGUCAUAAACUAUGACAUGCCUAAACAUAUAGAGAUGUAUACUCAUCGUAUCGGGCGUACAGGACGUGCUGGGAAGAGCGGUGUUGCGACUUCGUUCCUGACACUUCAUGAUACUGACGUCUUUUAUGAUCUGAAGCAGAUGCUUGUUCAGAGCAACAGUGCGGUGCCACCUGAGCUGGCUAGACAUGAAGCGUCCAGAUUCAAACCAGGUACGGUUCCUGAUAGACCACCAAGACACAGUGACACUGUCUACAUAAACUGAGGGGCCUAAAGGAUCUGUUGGAUUUGUUCUUGAAAUUUUCCAGUCAUGUUUACCUUUUGGGAGAAUCGGUAUCUCCUUUACUCUUAAGUGAUCUCAUGUGUUACCUUUAUGAUUUGUAGUCUGAUAUUGAAGGAAUCAGUAGUUGAAACUUGA